AUGGUGGCGCUGGCGGGCUCAAACUUCACAAAGAAGCGUGCUCUUCUGGACAAAGCCUUGGAGGAACUGAUAGCCCACUGGGGCAUGGAUACUCCUGCACCAGCGCAGGUGGUGCUAGCUGCAGCAGCCGCUCUGGGCACAAUGAAACGACAGGGCGCCAUGUCAGGCGUCGGCUUGUACGGCUUCGAGAGCUACGGGGAGGACUAUCCCUUCGGGCACAUGGGCGCACCCAGCAAGCCCGAUAAGGAGAAGGAGAAAGAGGAGGCUCCCUCACUGAUAGUUUGCCGCUGGAUCGUGAAGCAUUGCCCUUCUCGCGCAGAUGUGGAGGAUGAUCAUCGUGAGCGUGAACGCGGCCGAGAAAAUCGAUCAAUGACCACUACUGCUGGCGUGCGCCUGGCAGCAGAGACGCUCUACAAGGAGGAGCAGACCUUUGACUGGCUCAAGCUGCUGAACUUCCUGCCGGAGCACUCGCUGCCGCAGCCCGUGAAUGCGUCUCAGUGCAGCAGGGACGAGGCAAGGAGGCUAGCUGAGUCCUUUCUGCGCUCCACGGACACGGUGUUUCUCAACUUCCAGCAGGAGCGGGCAAGGCAUGAAGCGCAUCCGCCAGCUGAAGCCAAAGAUCGGCAGAAAGCCGAACAGGACAUGCAGGGCAACAUGGAGCUCUUUUUGCGUGGCCUGUGCAGCUUCUGCCCGUCUGUGGACUGCAUGAUGAAGUUGGUGGCGCACCUCAGGAAAUCUUGGGAGCCGCUGCUGGAGGUGAUCACCCCGAUGAUUUUUAGCAGGUUUCGCUCGCUGAACUUCGGCAAGGAGGACAAGGAAUGCCUGCGCAAGAUGAUUCAAGAGGUCAGAUUUAUGCAGAGCGAUGACACGGCCGUCGCGCUGCUGCAAAACCAGAACCACCCUAGCGAGGCCUUCCGCGAGAGAGAGAUUGUGGAUUUCAUCAAGUUGGUGACUGAAGACAGAGGUCGGGUGCGCGCUGCGGGCCCACAGCUGCAAAGUGCUGCGCGUCGUUGGCUGGUCCGAUACUAUGGCCGGCCCAUUGACCGACCCAUGGAGCGGAAGGAAGACAAGAUGGCAGUCAGCGAGAUGUCUCGCUUGGAUUACCAGGUGAUGAAGAGAGAUAUCCGGGAGGCGAUGCGGAAUGCCCUCACUGGCUGGCACCUGAUCCUGGACCUGCCCUGCUUCAAAGAGGAGGAGGAGACCGUCCGGAAUUUGCUGUUCGAGUUGUCUCAGUCCUACUUCUUCAAGGAUCAGGAUCCACUGCUUGUCCUGGACUGCAUCUUGGACUUGGAAGCGGAGGUUGCCAGCAUGAGAGUGUGGCAGCUUGAGCUUGAAAUCCAGCGCAUCGCCAUCAAGAGCGUUCGCGAUGCGCAAGAUGCCUCGGAAGCGGAUCACGAUGCAAACCUCCUGGCGCUGCUCUUCGAAACGCCUACGAAGCUGCGCUACAUCAUCAUUGAGGCAUUCGCAUCCUUCCGCCAAGCUGCCGUAGAUCUAUCGCGGCUCCUGCAGAACGAGCCUAUUUGGUCGCGUUUGCUGAGCAAGAAGUGGCUGAGCGCACCAGGUAUCAAUGAGGCCAAUCUCUACAAUACACAGCAGACAGGCAUGAGAAUGCUGAAAGAAUCUGCAGCACACCUGGACAAGGGUACAAUCAACUUGAGUGCGUUGCACACCAUCAUCCGACACCGAACAGUCUACGAGUCGCUCGUCGCGCAGGUGGCUGCAAAGCCAACAGCCAUCCCGGAAAGCGAUGCCAAGUUGAGAAAGUUUGACACUGAAUAUGAGCACCUCCGAGCGUACGUGAAGCUGUUCUGCUCCAGUGCGAGCAUUGAAGCGGCAGACCUCCAGGUGCUCAUUGAUGGGAUCAGCACUAAUUACACCACCUUGGAGCUGAACACUGCCGCGUCAAAGUUCAACGGUAUGGCGGUGAGACCGCAUAUGUCAUGGCUUUUCUCCCUGAAGGGCAGUGAAGUCUUCAACGGCAUUUGGAAGCAGACGGCGCGGCCGGAGGGCGAAUCCGAGCGGAGAAUCCAGCAAGAUGAGGUGGUCAACAAGAUCAUCCCGACCGCGCGGCAAACCUGGGAGGGCCUGGCCAAGAGUGUGGAGUCUGGUGAGGCAGUGCUGAAGGACAUUCGUUGGGUAGUGGACUUCGCAUGGAACAAUGUCCAGCUGGAGUUGAAGUUGCUAGAGUCCACGACGUCCAGUGAAAGGCCGUGGGUGGCUGAGGCCGCUGAUUUGUGCCGCUCCAUGCGCUUGGCAGCCAAACUCCGGUCGUGGGCACCCAGUAUGCUGCACCUGCGUGACCAGAGCUUGUCGGAGCUUUUCAAGGAGACGCCUAAGGAUGAGUGUGUGGAAAAGCUGAACGAUGUGGUUCGCGAGUACGAACACAUGUGGGAGAUGACUCUGGGGGAGAUGACCACCCGCGUCAACCCGUACCGGGAGACCAUCAACACACUCUCCGAAGCCAUGCAGGACUACACGAUCACUGCCGCCAAGCACGACAAGUCCCUGGAGUGGCUGUUGCAACACAGCUCUACGGAGGACUUCAACCGGCUGAUUUCCCUGUGCACGCCCAACACAGACGACCCCAUCAUCUUGGCAGCCAUUGCAUCUCUGAAGCAGAUGCGGACGUUCUUGGCAGAGGCUCUCUUCACAAAGCCACCCUAUAGUGGCUUAAAGAAGUUCAUCGAGGAGCUCUCACGUCUCACUGUGGACGAAGCAGAGCAGAAGUGUCUGGAGUCUGUGCAGAGUAGCUUCGAGCCCAUGCUGGAUCUUCUCACCACGCACUCCCGAACCCCAGGAGUUCAGGCGUGCUAUGAUCUGAAAAAGAUCUCUCAGACUGGCACAUUCCACGUGACCUGUGCGCUCAGUGAAAGUGCGCAGCUGACGUGCAAGAUGCCACCAGACAGCGAGUUUGAUUUCGAGGCGCUGGCGGAGUUGCGCCGUCAGCUGCUGAUGACGGAUGUGCCCUAUGAGCUGGAUGGCGCUAAGAACCUGCCCGCCAUGCUCGAUGUGCUGGUGAACAAGCUUGAAGUCUUGGAGGACUUCGGUCGCUGCACCAUGGAGCUCUUCCGCCUAGGCCACUUUGCCUAUCGAAUCAACCAGGAGGUGCUGGUGGUCCCGCCUGAUGACUCUCUGGAAUCCAUGGCGACCAAGCUUCAGGCCUUGCAGCAGCAGCUGGAGGACUGGCAGCAGGCGGUGAGCGACGCCCGCAGCAAGCAUUACUUCCUGAACUACUACACAGUGCGGGAGCUGUGCUUCCUGACAGACCUCCUCCCAUGUGUUGAUCAGCCAAAGGAAUGGGGCCAAGUGUGGCCUUUGCUGCAGUGCGUGGACCUCUCUGCAGAUGAGAAGGUGACGCGUGAUAAGAUCAAGAAGGCGUUGAAGCGCGACUUGACCUUGCUGCGCAGCUCCAGCGGGGAGCCGGACAAAGAGGUGAAGCUGCUGAAUGAUGUGGGCUCGGUUCUGGGCGAGCUCUUUGAGGGCGUCCUGCCACAAGUGCGACCACUCGAGGUGUUCAUCUGA